CUUUCUCUCUCGAUCUUAUGAACGAAGCCUAAUUAGGGUUUGGGUUGUCUUUUGAAGUUCUCUUUCCCACCGACCAAACCCUAAAUCAAAUUCUUACUAGAUUCUCUUCCCCCUUAAGGAAACCCUAGCGUCCCUUCCAAUUGGUACCCCAACCCCAACCCUAGAUGUUGUCUCCUUAACGCUUGAUUGCGAGCCACUCCGAGCUCCAGCUGCCGCCGUCCAUGGUGCCCCAACGAAAUCAUCGAUGAGUCCCGGGCGAGCUCCCAAGCUCGUUCUUUUUUUAUAUCUACUUCUCUCUCAUCUCAAUGCCCCCGGAUUACAGGGUUUCUGAGCCUAGCGGACUUCCCCGUCGUCGAAACCCUAGCUCCGGAUCAGGCAAGCCCUUUACCUACAAACUCAUUGUUUUGAAGACAAAUGCUUCAAGGUAUGCUUGGUACAUGGUGAAACCAGUGGAAAUCCUGAGGCGCGACCUGAUAAUAUGAUCAGCUGAAUAUGAACGAUGGAGGCAAGGAGAGUGGAGAGGAUAACCAGAACAACGUUUCUACCAGGAAGAGCAGCCUUCCAUCCCCGUCUUCCGCAGGUGCAGAUGAUUUCAGCCGCUCCAUUGCCAGGAUCGCCGUUGCCCAGGUCUGUGAGUCCGCCGGGUUCCAUGCCUCCCGCCACUCUGCUCUCGAUGCAGUUGCUGACAUCCUCGUCCAGUAUAUCCAUGAUCUAAGCAAGGCUGCGCACUUCUAUGCUACUCUGUCUGGCAGGACGGUUUGCAAUGUCUUUGAUAUAAUUCAGGGUUUAAAAGAUCUUGAAUUUCCUCACGGUUUUCCUGGCGCAUCUGAUAUCCAUGAGUGUGCAGUUAGUUCGGGUGUUAUUAGAGAGAUCACAAGGUUUGUGGACAAGACUGAGGAGAGCCCAUUUGCUCUCCCGGUGCCUAGCUUUCCGAUUGGUAGGCAACCUAAACCAAUAGUUAGUUUUGCUCAGGUUGGAGAGUUGGCAGCAGGGAAACAUAUUCCUGAUUGGCUCCCAGUGUUUCCCGAUCGGCAUACGUAUAUCCACACUCCGGUUUGGAAGGAGAGAACCAGCGACCCAAAAACUGAUAAGAUUGAGCAGGUACGACAGCGGAGGAAGGCGGAGAGGUCUCUGUUGGGUUUGCAGCAGAGGCUAGCUUGCAAUGGCGCCGCUAUGUCUGCCUCAGCAGCUGAUGGUUACAUUGGAAAGGGAAAGCAGGUGUUUGGCACUAACCCAUUCUUGGCCCCACCUCUGCCUCCUGGAGAGAAACAAGUCUCGGAGGUUGUUGUGCCAGAUAAGAUUAUUGAGGGGAAGAGGGUGUCCAUUCUUGAAACUUUUGCUCCUGCCAUUGAGGCUGCAAAGCAAGGUUCCUUUAUCCCGCAUGUUAGUGCAGAAAACAGGGUUCUUCCCAGCAAAAGGUCCACUGUGCAUUUCAAAUUUGGUGUAGACAAGAAGUCUAUUGCCCUGCAAGUGAGCUCAGCUGCUGCAGGUGGGAAAACUGAUUCCUGGUUUCUGAGGGAUGAUGAGAAAGAUGACAAGAAGCGGAGGGUGGAGAUGAUACUCAAGGAAUCAAUGGAGAAACCAGAUGGACUCACUCAGCUGUAAAUUAAGCCAUGGACCAGCUUUGUUGGUGGGGACUGUAUUGCUUCAUGCAUGGUUGUGGGGAUUCAUAGAACUGCCAUUGAGGUUCCUCAUGGGUUGCUUGUGCCAUGUGAGUACUUUGAGGUAUAUAAAAUGCCACCCCACAUUAUGCAAUAAGGCUUGUUUCAUGGUCAUUCUUUCCUGUUCAUUUAGAAGGAUUUUUGUUUCUCUUUUCUUAGAAUGAUGUGGUGAUGUGCACCCGGCAUGCUUAGUAUAGUUAAUUAACACAUAGUCUAGGGAGUCAAUUGUCUUCAGUCCAUCAUAACAUCUAUAUGUUUAAAAGAUAGACAUGAACUUUGCAACAUGGUGCACUCUGGGGGUCAUAAAUACCAACCCAAGUCUCUGAGACUUUGUCA